CCCCUGAGCGACAUGACCCGGGAUGAGAUCAACCAGCUGGUGCAGGAGCUGGGCUUCUACCGCAAGGAGACGCCUGAUGCCCCCGUGCCUGAGGAGUUCCGGUUUGCCCCUGCCAGGCCACUGCCCACUCUGCCGCUCCCCCAAGCCCCCCAAACUGACAGCAGGACCCCAGCUGAACAUGAUGAGGGA